AUGUACGUGACCCGAAGCCCAAAUUGUGAAUGGACAUUACAAGAAGAUGUUAUCGCGUGCGGUGCACGUGAAAUCCCUGCUUAUUUUAUCGAACCCCUCUUCUUCCUCCUCCGGCUUCCAAAAGGAUCGGCAAUGGCUCUGCUCCACCGAUUUGGAUGCUGUUCCCCACCUUCUCCUCCUCCUCUUCUCUCAUUCCAAAAGCCAACCUCCGGUUCCGUUUUGUUUACGGUCUCUUCCCUUCCCAGCCGCCGCCGUUUUCCGCGGAGAUUUUCAUCGUUUAGAUUAACCGCAACCCUCGCUGCUGAAUCACCGGCUGGUUCUGUGUCGGACGGAGGAGGUGGACCGCCGAAGCUUCUUAUGGAAGUCAAGGACCUCACUGCCGUCAUCGCUGAAUCGGGAAAGAAAAUUCUCAACGGUGUUAACCUCUCAAUCUACGAGGGCGAGAUUCAUGCUAUUAUGGGCAAAAAUGGUUCUGGGAAGAGUACUUUUGCCAAGGUUCUUGUUGGGCACCGAGAUUAUGAAGUUACUGGAGGAUCUGUUAUUUUCAAGGGAGAGAAUUUGCUUGAAAUGGAAGCAGAAGACAGAUCACUUGCUGGACUUUUUCUAAGCUUUCAAUCUCCAGUUGAAAUUCCAGGAGUAAGCAACAGUGACUUUCUUCAAAUGGCCUACAAUGCCAGAAGAAGAAAACUCAAUCUGCCAGAGCUUGAUCCACUUCAGUUUUAUGGUUACAUCAUGCCCAAGCUGGAAAUGGUGAAUAUAAAGGCAGACUUUCUGAAUAGAAACGUUAAUGAAGGAUUUAGUGGUGGUGAAAAGAAGCGAAACGAGAUUUUACAACUUGCAGUUCUUGGAGCUGAAUUGGCCAUAUUGGAUGAAAUUGAUUCGGGAUUAGAUGUUGAUGCAUUAAGAGAUGUUGCAAAAGCAGUAAAUGCUUUAAUGACUCCCACAAACUCUGUUUUGAUGAUCACUCAUUACAGAAGACUGUUGGAAUUUAUCAAGCCCACCUAUAUCCACAUCAUGGAUGAUGGAAGAAUUACAAAGACGGGCUACAAGUUUUUGACAUGUAGAGAGUUUUUGGGAGUAUUGGAACUACAAGUGAGACUUAACAUGAUGAGAAGUUCCGACUUGAUGCACAAGUUCACAUAG